GCCACCAACAAACACACACAAACAGAGACACCUGUACACACACACAGACAUGUACAUACACACACAGAAACAUACACACACGCACAGAGACACAUGUACACACACACACACACACACAUACAGACAGACGCAUGUAUACACACACAGGCACGUACAGACACGCAUACACAUAGAUACAUGUACAUACACAGAAAUACACAGACACAUGUACAUACAUACACAGACACAUGUACACACAGACACAUGUACGUACAUACACACACACACAUGUACAUGCACACACACACAGACACAUGUACACACACACAAACACAUGUACACACACAUACAUGUACAUACAUGCAGACACAUGUACAUGCAUACACAGACACACACAAAACACACACACAUGUACACACACAUGUACACACACACCCCUCUAAAAAGUUGCAGCACUUCGUUGUUCACUCACAGAGCCGAGUACUGAACUCUAGGGGGAGGCAGAGAGCACAGCACACACUAUUUGCGUUGCUUUCAUUGCGCUCAGCUAUUGAGCAGUCUGACGGCUGCCAGUGCCAAUUACAGAUCCGACCUGAGCUCCGAGCCUGCUCAGCAAGACGGCCCUGGGGGACACACUCACCCCCACCAUAAUUUCCACUCACCAGUGGUGAGUAGGCGAGUGGAAAUUUCAAG